CCCCAGCGACUUCAGCUGGCCAUGGCGGCGCGGCUGUGUGCACGGUGCCUCCCUCCGGCGUGGCUCUGCAGGCAAGCCUGGCAGGGCCAAGGCCGGCACUACCGAGCUGCCAUCUGCACCGAGUUGAAGCAGCCCCUGACCAUUCAAGAGGUGGCUCCCCGCCCUGUCGGGCCACAGGAGGUCAGAGUUGAUGUUCAUUUCUGUGGCAUUAACUUUGCUGAUAUUUUGGUCUGUCGUGGUCAGUAUCAGGAAAAGCCUCCUCUUCCCUUUACACCUGGAAUGGAGUUUUCUGGGGCUGUCUUAGAGACCGGAGCAGAUGUUAGCACUGUGAAAAAGGGAGAUCGAGUUAUUGGCGUGAGUAACUUUCAUGCUAUGGCCGAGCAGUGCAUCACUGACCAGAAGACCCUGUGGCGUGUUCCAGAAAAUGUCUCGUUGCAAGAUGCUGCAGUCCUACCAGUAUCUUACGGCACAGCUAUUUUGGCUGUAGAUCAUCGGGCCCGCAUCCAGCCCGGAGAAACUGUUUUGGUGACAGCAGCUGCUGGAGCCACAGGCCUCGCGGUGAUAGAUGUGGUGACAAAUGUGUUCCGUGCCAAGGUCAUAGCUGCGGCUGGAAGUGACGAGAAAUGCCAGCUAGCGAUGCAGAGGGGAGCACAGUCCAGCGUGAACUACAGCCGGGGCAGCCUGAAGGAUGCCGUGAAGAAGCUGGUGGGCAGUAGUGGGGUGAAUGUAGCCGUCGACAUGGUGGGAGGAGACGUCUUCCUGGAGUCUCUGCGCAGCCUGGCAUGGGAGGGCAGGAUUGUGGUGUUGGGAUUCGCCGGAGGGAACAUCGCAUCUGUGCCCAGCAACCUGUUGCUCCUGAAGAACAUCUCCGCCAUGGGCCUGUACUGGGGUCGCUACCAACACCAGGACUUUGCAGUGUUUUCCAAGAGCAUGUCCACAGCCCUGCAGUACUGCGAGCAAGGGCUCAUCCACCCACACACUGGUGCUGUGUUCAAGCUGGAGAAGAUCAACGAUGCCUUCCAUCAUGUGAUGCAGCGCAAAUCCACGGGCAAGGUGCUCCUGUCCCUCAAGUAAAUCCUGCCCUGGGCAGACUCCCAAGUCUGAUCUCCCUCCUUCGUGUUAAAGGGCUCUCCCUUGGUGACUCCCGAUCUCCCUCCUGAUGUUAAAGGGCUCUCACCCUUGGUGACCCAGGUGCCAUGUCUUGGCAUCAGUUUCCUUUGCUUCUGCCUUCUUGCUGCCCAUAAUCAGUGUGACCACAGAGCUUCUUGCCUAAAUUCAAUCCUUUCUGUGAGCAAAAAGUACUGUGAGUUCCUUGAGAAAUAGGUACUACGUCUGAAUUCAUAGGAAGUAUGUCUGCCUGUACCUUCUACUAUUCAAUUUAACUUAUCUGGAGCCUUAAAUUGUGGGAUUAAAUUAAAAAUAUGUUGCCCAACCCAAAUGCCCUUUGACAGGUGAAUGUGUAAAUAUGCAUACUAGUGUAUUUAUAUAUACAUGUGAUACAUAAUAUGCAAUAUAUAUUAUAUUGCAUAUGUAUUGUAUAAUAUGCAUACAUUGGAAUAUUUUUAGCCUCAAAGAGGAACAUCAUCAUUCACAGACAUGCUACAACAUGUAUCAACUUUGAGGCCAUUCUGCAUGAGAUAGAACAUAUUAAGAAAAGACAUGUGCUCUGUGAAUCCACUUAUAUCAGAUUCCAUGACCCAUAAAGUUCAACAAAGAUAAAGUGGAAUGGUGGUCAUCAGAGGCCCCUUUGGAUUAUAUCCUAGUAAACUUGACAGUGCUUUCAGAGGGAAAUAAGAAGUUACGUAAGGCAUGUGGAGUUUCAGGUUGGGAAGAUGGAAAAUCAGUGGAAAUGGGUGUAGUAACAAUCGCCAUCACAAACUACUGAAGUAUACACUUUCAAUUGUUUUUAAAAAUGUUGAAAUGGUAAAUGGUAUGUAUGUUUUGCCACAAUA